GGGUUACCUGGGCCGGUGGAUUUUUUUUCAAUAUCUAUUUUGUUUAUAUUGCUGUCCCCUCCCCUCCCCCCCCCCAAAAAAAAAAAGAUGAAACAGCUAAAUGGAAAUGAAGUUCGGACAGCGUUUAUCAAGUUUUUCGAGGAUCGUGGACAUACGUUUGUCAAGUCAUCGUCAGUGAUACCUUUCGAAGAUCCGACACUGUUGUUUGCAAAUGCCGGAAUGAAUCAGUUUAAACCGGCAUUUCUUGGCACUGCGGAUCCAUCAAGCGAUCUUGCAAAAUUGAAACGAGCCGUGAACACGCAGAAGUGUAUACGGGCUGGCGGCAAACACAACGAUUUAGAUGAUGUUGGCAAAGACGUUUACCAUCAUACGUUUUUUGAAAUGCUGGGAAACUGGUCUUUCGGUGACUACUUUAAGAAAGAAGUAUGUAACUGGGCAUGGGAAUUACUGACGGAGGAACUUGGCAUUCCAGGAGAUCGUUUAUAUGUGUCGUAUUUUGGUGGUGAUGAAAAGUCUAACUUGGAACCUGAUGAAGACUGCAAGAAAAUUUGGCUUGACAUCGGUGUUCCCGAGAGCAGAAUUUUACCGUUUGGUAUGAAGGAUAAUUUCUGGGAAAUGGGUGACGUCGGGCCGUGUGGUCCUUGUUCGGAAAUUCAUUACGACAGGAUAGGGAACCGUGAUGCGUCUUCACUGGUAAAUGCCGAUGAUCCAAUGGUUGUAGAAAUUUGGAACUUGGUUUUCAUGCAGUACAAUAGGGAGGAAAAUGGUACACUCAAACCGCUUCCACGGAAACAUAUUGAUUGUGGUCUAGGUCUUGAACGUCUUGUUGCAGUUUUGCAGAAUAAGACUUCUAAUUAUGACACUGAUAUUUUCACGCCAAUUUUUAAGGCGAUUGAGAAGAAUGCAGGAGUCCGUUCGUACGAGGGAAAGGUCGGAGUUGAAGAUGUCGAUGGCAUUGAUAUGGCUUAUCGUGUUGUAGCGGACCACAUCCGGACAUUAUGCAUAGCCUUGGCGGAUGGUGGAAGGCCAGAUAACGUUGGGCGAGGUUAUGUAUUGCGGCGAAUUUUACGACGUGGAGUUCGUUACGCAAGUGAGAAGUUGCAAGCUCCACCAAAGUUCUUCUCUUCACUCGUUCCUGUCAUCGUUGAGCUUUUGGGAGAUACGUUUCCAGAACUACGUAAAGAUCCGGAUACCAUCAUAGAUAUUAUAAAUGAUGAAGAAGCCCAAUUUUUAAAAACUUUAAACAGAGGUCGAUCACUUUUCCACAAGUCUAUUGCAGCCUUGCAGAAAGAUGACAAGUGUUUUCCAGGCGAUGUCGCUUGGCGAUUGUAUGACACAUACGGGUUUCCAAUUGAUUUAACUCAGUUGAUGGCUGAAGAAAAAGGUUUGAGCGUUAAUAUACAACAGUUUGAGGAGUGUCGGCAGAAAGCGGUGGAAUUAUCAAGCGCGUGUGCUGGAAAGAUUCGCAACACGUUAGAUAUGGAUGUUCAUGCAAUAGCUGACUUGAAAUCGAGGGGAGUUCCCUUGACGGAUGACUCCCCCAAAUACGCAUAUGUAGCUAGUGAGGAAGGAGGAUCGAGUGCCAAAUAUACGUUUUCCUCGAGUAAUGGCAAAAUCUUAGCCAUUCGUGUGGCAGGAGAAUUUGUGAAUUCUUUGAGCUCUGGACAAAGUGGUUCAUUAGUGAUGGAUAGGACUAAUUUCUAUGCAGAACAGGGAGGGCAAAUUUUCGAUACUGGUAUGUCGGAAUUUAUUGUGAACAACGUUCAAAUUCGUGGCGGAUAUAUAGUUCUCGUGGGAUCCGCUGAGGGAUGCUUUUCUGUUGGAGAUCAUUUGAAGCAACAUAUUGAUGAGGAUAGGCGAUUAUUGAUAAUGAAGAAUCACACGGGCACUCAUGUUUUAAACUUUGCUUUAAGGCAGGUGUUGGGAGAUGUGGAGCAAAAAGGAUCUUUAGUCGCACCUGAUAGAUUACGUUUUGACUUUACUGCGAAACAAGGAUUGACGAUGGAUCAGAUCAAAAUGGCUGAAGAAAUUUCUCAAAGGAUUAUUGACUCUCAGCAACCUGUGUAUGCCAAAGAAGCUCCGCUGGAGAAAGCACGAACUGUGAAGGGACUUCGUGCUGUUUUCGAAGAAGCGUACCCAGACCCUGUCCGAGUUGUUAGUGUUGGAGUUCUAGUUGAAGACUUACUCAAAAACCCUGAUGGUGAUGGUGCGAUGAGUACACCUGUCGAGUUUUGCGGUGGCACUCAUCUCCGCAAUGUUGGUCAUAUUGGGAAGCUGGUUAUAACAGUUGAGGAAGCCAUUGCUAAGGGCAUAAGACGGAUUGUUGCCCUAACUGGACCGGAAGCAGAACGUUCCCUGCAUCGUGCAGAGCGUUUAGAAAUUCGCGUGCGUGCACUUACAGAAAAAAUGGAAAGCGUUAGUUUGAUUGCCGGCGACAAUCAGGAAUUUAAAACCACAAAUAAAGACAUUAAGGAGCUUCUUGAGGAAGUCAACCAGACACAGUUACCUUAUUGGCGAAAGGAUGAACUACGGAAACUGUUGAAAAACACUCAAAGAUCAUUGGACAAGGCAGACAGAAAUGCGAAGGCGCUCAUAGCAGAAAAGGUAGUCGCUGAGGCCAAAGAAUUAGAUAUAUCGUUGAAUAACUUACAGAUGAAGUACUUAGUCCACAUUUUUAGCCCCGGAGCAAAUGGCAAGGUUCUGGAUUCAGCGUUGAAAGGAAUGAAACAUGUGAAAAAUGCCAUGGUCUUUUCUGUGAAUGAAGAUACAAGUAAAGUUACUGUGAUGGCUAAAGUGGAUAAGGAAGCCAUCGAGAAGGGUUUAAAAGCUUCGGAUUGGAUAGCGAAAGUUUGUGAGGUAAUCGGUGGGAAAGGAGGUGGGAAAGAUGCUCAAGCACAGGCAACUGGCGAUUGCGUUAGCAGGCUGCCCGAAGCAGUUCAGUUGGCCAAUGCUUUUGCUCAACUUGCACUUGACUCUUGA